AUGUACGUUAUCUUUUCUAUAGACUAUGAUCAAUCUUCAUCACUAUUCUCAUCUAAUGAGAAGGUUGUUGAGGUGGUUGAUUCGGCAUUCAAAGGUAGACGGGUCCAAAUAUUAGGUUCUUGUAAUGGUUUGUUUUUCAUUAAAGUUUGUCAGGGUACGGUCACAGCUUUAUGGAAUCCGGCAACAAAAGAAUACAAAGCAAUUGGGACGUCAAAUAUAAAACCAGUCGGAUUUAGAAACCGGUAUCAUUCCCCUAGAAUCCAUGGCUGGGUAUUAAGGUACGGUUUUGGAUACGAUUACAAGCUGGUAUCAAUUGUUAGUCCUUGUAAUGAAGAUAUUGCGGUUGCUGAAGUCGAGGUUUACACGUUGGGUUCCAUUUCAUGGAAGAGACUUGAAUACAUAUCUUACAAAGUUAAAAAUGGACCGCCGGGUGUGUUCGUUAAUGGGGCUUUACAUUGGUUGGCUAAUCCUUUCCCAGCUAGAUCAGAGAAUGCGCAGGUUUUACUUGCUUUUAAUGUGGCAGAAGAGACAUUCAGUGAAGUACCACAGCUUGAAAUCUUUGAUGACAACAAGAAGUUUGAACAUAAACGUGUCGCCAUCGUGGAAGGGUAUUUGUCAAUGCUUUGCAGCCAUUCCAAUCUUGGUUUUGAGGUGUGGGUAAUGAGUGAUUAUGGAGUUAGAGACUCUUGGACCACACGCUACACCAUAUCAAGAUUCAAAAUCGAUGUUAUUCUGUCCUUUCGGUAUAUAAGACGUAUACAAUCAUUGAAAAAUGGGGAGAUGUUAUUAGAGAUUGAGUUGGAUGAGGCGAAUAAGUAUGCAAAGUAUUCAGCUUUAGUUUUUUAUGACCCAAAACAUGAAAAAUCCAGGCUCGUGGACAUUGAUUUCGAAAAAUACAAUAGAAACUGGAACAACUCUAGUAAUCUUAGAACAAGGUUUUAUACAGAAACUUCCGUGGAGAGCUUAGUUUCACUUCUACUUAUGUCGGUGGUGGACAAGAAGAAUCAGAUUUAUAUGAAGCAUUAG